AUGGCGGUCGCUUCAACAUCAAAGUCGACGGCAGGCAACGGGAGCACCUCCACCGCAGCUCCGUCCCCAACACUGUACGUCAAAACCCUCUACUCGAAGAUCAAGAAAUCCGAAUUGCGACGACAGCUCUUUACGCUCUUCUCCUCGUACGGUCGAGUCCUCGACAUCGUCGCCACGCGGGCGCCGUCCAUGCGCGGCCAAGCAUUUGUCGUCUUCGAAAGCACCUCGACCAGUGCUGCGGCAAAACGGGCGCUCGAAGGGUUCAGCUUCUACGGUCAACCGCUGCGGAUCGAGUACAGUACGGGUGGGAAAAGCAAGGCGCUGCUAAGGAGGGAGUUGGGCAGCGAAGCUGUGUUGGAGGCCGAUCUGGAGAGGAGCAGAGUCACCGUGAGCAGGAGGGGCGAGAAGAGAGGGCUGUUUCUGAGUGAAGAUGGCGAGCAGGAGGAAUUGGAUGAAGAAGAGGACGAUGGAGCGAGGGGCAAGCGGGUCAAGCUCGAAGAGGGGGUGGUGCUAAGCGCGAAGGGUGUGCCGGCGAACAUCGAGCCUCAGGUGCUGGAAACGCUCUUCGGCCGCCAGACCGGGUUUGGGAGAUUGACAACACAAGAGGACGCAGGCGGAGAGAGCUGGAGCGCAAGAAUAGAGUUCGAUAGCAAGGAAAACGCCGAUGCUGCCAAGGAGGCGUUGCAGGAUGUACAGAUUGAUCCCGUCUACAGGCUCGACUUGGAGCUGCUCUAG